AUGUCCCGUCUCCGUGCCACGGCCCAACGCCAAUUUGCACCUCGCUUUGACGCCCUGGGUAUCCUCGCCAAGGCAGUCAUGCGUCCCCAGCCCGUUAUACAUCUUGGUCCAAUCGACCAUACGGCCUCUUGCGUCAUUGUUGAUCUUGAUCUUCCCGACCGUCCGCUCGUAUGGGCUUCUGAUUCAUUUUGUCAAAUGUCUGGCUAUGCUCUCGAGGACAUUCGGGGCCGCAAUCCUCGGUUCAUGCAAGCACCCGGUGGUCAUGUCCUCUCGUCUCCGAAUUCAGACUCUUCGGAUGAGGAUGACGCACAGUCUGGGCCGGCUCCGAACGAAAGAUUUCCCCCCUCGACGUCACCACAUGACGUAGCGGAAUCCCAACCUCAGCCGUCUAGACCACCCCCUGUGGUUGUACCAGGAUCUGGAUCUGGAUCAUCUUCUACCAACUCGGGCUCAUCCACGGAGACUGUGUCAUCUGCUCCAAAGCCCGAGGAUAUCCCUGCACCUACAACAUCUGAUGCUUACAUCCAUCCACCACAAUCACACGUGCCGCCUGGUUCCCAAAGGACACAUACCAACCACGACACCGUCCGAUAUAUCAAAUCAAAACUCGAUGCAAACGAAGAGCUUCAAUGUGUCGUUCUCAAUUACCGUAAAGACGGAACACCAUUCUGGAACUGGUUAAGUGUCGUGCCAGUCCGCGAGGGGGAAAGGUUUAGGUGGCAUGUUGGAAUCAUGGUCGAUCUCGUACAGCAGCCACAACAAAUCAUGCGAGCUAUGCAGGCCGGAUACUAUAUUCGCACCCAACCGUGA